CUUCCCUCCUCUUCAUAACUUCACAAUUUCACUAUCCUACCAAGAAAAAGAAGAAAAGGUUAUGGACAAUGCCACCCAACAACAGAGAAAUAGACAAUGAAGAUGAUGACGAAUACUUCCUCCCCCUGCAAGACCAACGAGUCUUCGGCGCAGGGAUCCGUCGCAAGCGCGUGCCGUUCGUGCGCUCCUCCGAACAACACCUCUCUACUACACGAGUAUCAUCCUCUGAGCCAGCAACCCCUUCUACUUCGACCGGGCAGAGUAUAGCGAAUAAAUACCUCUCGAUUGUUCUGUCGAAGUCGAAGUCGAAGUCGAAUCCCGCUACUCCUCCUACACAAUCGCCGUCACAACCUAUCUCGCAGUCAGAACCAGGUUCGGGUUCACAACCAUAUAGUGAGCAGAAGGAGGAAGUUGAAGAAGAUGUUGAGAUUUGUCCCGUGUGUAACCUUCCAUAUACUACACCUACACACGACACAUCAGACGGAGGAACAGGGGGAGCAGGCGAAAGAAGGAGGAGGCAUAUACAUGAAGCUACACUCCCGCAUCAACUGAGUCUCCCGCAUUCGCAUCCGCCGUCUCAUCUUGAUCGCACGCGUCCCGGACUGCGCUAUCUCGAGGCGUAUGGCUGGGAUCCGGAUUCGCGGGUGGGAUUGGGACCCCAAGGAAGAGAGGGCAUACGGGAGCCGGUGAAGGGGAAGGUGAAGGAGGAUACGGUGGGGUUGGGGGCUGUUGUUCCUGAGGUUAAGGAUAAGAGUGGAGAUAAAGGUGGGAGGGGGAGGGUGCAGAAGAAGAAGGUGUUGAAUGCGAAGGAGGCGAGGAAAGGACAGUUGGAGGAGAGGAAGAAGGGGGAGAGGUUACGGGAGUUGUUUUUCCAGGAUGAGGAUGUGUUGAGGUAUCUUCAUGGGAAGUAGAUUGUGUUUCUUUCUAUCAUUGGUUUCGGGAUGGGGGCGUUGGUUGGUUUGGUAUAUACCCAGGAGUUCGAAUAAGUAUUAGGGUUCUGCUGGUUUGCAUGGUACAUACAUAGUCACUACAUACACAGAAGAUACUAGAGGCUAGUAUUAAUGUCCGCAGGAGGUGUGCUGCGGAACGAGGCUGGUUCAGUUG